GUGGUGGCGCAGGGCGCGGGGCGAACGUCACUUCCGGCUGCGGCUCCCCGCGUCCUUCUGCGCCAUGACAGCCAGCGCGGCGCCGCGGGGCCGGCGGCCCGGAGUUGGGGUAGGAGUCGUGGUGACUAGCUGCAGGCAUCCUCGUUGUGUCCUCCUGGGCAAGAGGAAAGGGUCGUUUGGAGCCGGCAGCUUCCAACUUCCUGGGGGUCAUUUGGAGUUCGGUGAAAGCUGGGAAGAAUGUGCUCAAAGGGAAACCUGGGAAGAAGCAGCUCUUCACCUGAAAAAUGUCCGCUUUGCCUCGGUUGUGAAUUCUUUCGUUGAGAAAGAGAAUUACCAUUAUGUCACUAUAUUAAUGAAAGGAGAGGUGGAUGUGACUCAUGAUUCAGAACCAAAGAAUGUAGAGCCUGAGAAAAACGAAAGUUGGGAGUGGGUUCCUUGGGAAGAAUUUCCUCCCCUGGACCAGCUUUUCUGGGCACUGCGUUGUUUAAAGGAACAAGGCUAUGAUCCAUUUAAAGAAGAUUUGGAUCACCUGGUAGGAUACAAAGGGAGUCAUCUCUAGGUGAACAAGAAGAUUCCCUGAAUUUUUUUAAAAAGACAAAAUAAGGUCCGGUUAGAGAAUGAAAAAUAUUUACAUUUCAGAACAACUCUGUUUUAUCUAAAAAGUUCCGUAUGAUUGUCAGUUUAUUUGCAGUCUCUUAAUAUACCCACCACCUUUUCAGCCAGUACUUGUGAAGAAUUUUCAGGAUUAUGUAAUGAAUUGUAUUUCAGACUCAGAAAAUGUGAUAAAUAGUAGUAUUGUGGUAAUUCUGCUUUCUAUAUUUCUCUAUGAUAUUGACUGUGCAGUUCAUCAUUAUCAGCUUACAUGGAGCAGAGUGCAAGAGAAUCUACCCUAGUGUUUCUGUUCAAAUAGAGAUCCUAAUUCAAAUGCUACCACAGUUUGCCUGUUGCAGAAUUUAUCAUGUUUGUUGGUUUUCCUCUUCUGUUUUAUUUAAAAGAGGAAUUUUUUGGUAAUAUAUUGUGACAGUCCUUGCAACUAGAGCGAACAGGACAGGUCAUUAGGGUAUAUUUCCUAGGUUUUUGAUUGAGAACCUAAACCAAGAGAAGUGAGACACACCAUCCAGGGUCUGUAUCCCAUCAUUAACAGGCCGUGUACUUGUGGAUUUCUUACUUAAUCUCUGUGAGAUCCAGCUUCCUUACAUGUAAAAUAAGAUUAGACUUGGGCAGUGGUUCUCAAAGUGUGGUCUGGUAUUUUUCGGUAUGGAUUUUUGUUAUUUGUAAAUGAAUUAAUAAAAUAAUUCUUAAAAUUUCUCAGUUUUAAUUUCUAGAGUCAGAAAUAGAAACAGAGGAGUUGCCCUCGCUAAAAAUGUAUACCAAGUCCAAAACUAGGUAAGAAGCCAAAAUCCAAAUACCAGUUUACUAACGGUGUGGAAUAACGAGGAGGACAGUUGUUGUGUUGGAGGGGAACUCGCUACGUAACAUGUAUGUGACAUGUACCUUAAAAUGCAAUCUGUCUUUACAGAGAUAUAUAAUUAUGUAGUUGUGCAUAAUUAAGAAUACUUUUUUUUAGUUAUAUUACUUUUAUUUAUUUUUUUUAUUGAGGUACAAUUGACAUGUCACACUAUAUUAGUUUCAGAUGUACAACGUAAUGAUUUGACAUUUGUAUAUAUUGCAAAAUGAUCACAGUAAAUCUAGUUAACAUCCUUCACUUUUACAAGUAUUCACAAAAGAAUACUUAAUUUUAAGUUAUGUUUUGUUAGUAGGAAUAAAGUGUAUCAAAUCAGUAGAAUUAGAAAAACUCAACUCACAUAGUAAGAAGUUUCAAUCAACAAGACACUGUGAUGCAGAGAAAGAGGCUGUUUAGAUAAGAUGUUCUUGCAACACCAAGAGAGGUAAGCCAGGAGCACAGCCAGAAGAGGGAGUCGUGGUCUGGCUAGGCCUGCCCUGAGGGAGUAGCUGGGUGGACUUCGGGAGGCACUUGUACAGAGGAAAAUGAUGAAUAUUAUGAGGAAGGGCUUGAAUUGUCCACAAAACAGGGAUGCAUUAAGGCUACUAGUUUGAGAACUGCUGGGCACACACCUGCCUUUUGUUUCUCCCUCUUCUGUGGUUGCCACCAAUGAAAAUAAACCAAGUGCUCUCCACCACGUGUUGCUUCACAUUGCUGCAUGUGUCUGUCUUAUCAGCAUUGCUACAUAGAAGGAAUCCUGGGCUGGAAGAGUUUUCCUUUUCUUAAUGGCUUUUGAAUAGGCUGUGAUUAUAAGUACCUAUGGCAGCCCACUGCCUUCAUUAUGCUCCCUGCCCACGUCACCAUCAAAGAGUUGAAUUCAAAUGGAAGCAAAAGAAUAGGUGGUCAAGAGGCUCACUAACAAAAGACGCCACAGUGGGCGAGGGCCAAAGUGAGGGAGUAAAGGGGUGGGGGAUGGUGUGAGGAGUUUGGAACCAAGGAAAUGGGACUGGGUCAGUAGGUCAGGAUAGCGGAGUGUCGUGAGGUCCUGAGUGGUCACCCUCACGCCCCAGCUACUACUGUGCGUGGAUUUGCUUCCAUGGGCCAUCCCAGGCGAAGUGUGUGGGAGUCUGGCUGACUGACCCAAAGGGCUAGAAGUGUAGCAGCCAGGACCAUAGUUUAAGAACCGGUGGUUAGAAGCGUGGUGGAAACACCGCUACCUCAGUAGCUAAUUCUCCCCCUUAAGAGCUUGUCUUUUGUGGCAUCUAUCAAAACAGGCAAGCAAUGGAGCCAAUAAGUAUUUAUUAAGCAACCUGCUGUGCUAAAUUAGAAGCUUUUUGAGUACCCUUAAUGUCUAGCAUAGUACCUGGCAUAUUAGUAGGGCUCCAUUAAUAUUUGAAUCAAUUUGAAAGAUAAAAUUAUGGAAACAAGAUGAUAGCCAACUAAAGUGAUAGCAUGUUUUUAAAAUUAGAUGUAUAGUAUUUAUAUAGUAUCUCAGUGAAUUAUUACAAAAUGAGCACACCUAUGUAACCACCUAGAUCAAGAAAGAACAUUUCACAGCACCCCAAAAGUGCCCCCUCCCAAAGGUAACCACUAUGACCACCAUCUCAUCAUAGAUUAGUUUGUUUUUGAAUUUGCUAAGUAGAAGAAUCAUGCAGUAUGCAUUUUUGUGACUGGCAUCUUUCAAUCAACAUUGUUUUUGAGAUAUUUAUCAUGUUGUGUAGCUGUGGUUCAUCACUUUUCACUGUGUGUAGUAGUCCAUUGUUUAAAUAUACCAAAGUUUGUCUAAUCUAAUGCUGAUGGUCAUUGGGUUGUUUCCAGUUUGGGGCUGUUACAAAUAAAGCUGCUGUGAGCACGUGCACAUGCUUUUUCUUCGGUGCACGUGUGUACUUGUUUCUGUUGGAUAUACACCUAGGAGUGAAGAGCCUGAGUCACAGAGUAUACAUAUCUUUGCUAAAGAAAUGUUAAUGUGCUUAAUUUAUAAGGUGCCUCUUCAGACCUUACUGGGGGUAUUAUAUAACAUAUGAUAUAUAAAUCUAUUAACUUUCUAGAGUAUUAAAAAAAAGUCCAAAUCCUGAAAUACAUUUAUACCCAAGAGUUUUGGAUGAGGGGUUAUAGACCUGUAUAUGUAAAUGCAAAGUGAGCAUGUUCACAGCAAUUUGAUUGCUUUGAGGUACAUGUGAAAUUCCUAUUUGUGUUUCCAAUUCAUUGCCCCAUCAGUGCCCAUAGAGGAAUCUAUCUAUCCCUUAGUCCUGUUUUUCUGUAUGGCUUUAUUUGUUGUUAUAUUCUCCCUCUAUGUUGAUUUAUAAGUGAAAACCCCCCCUUAGAGGGAAGAGGUGCUAAGAUUCUUGGAUAGUGAAUGGCAGUGACUGGGAAGGAUCCUUAAAGGCUUUAUGGCCCUGGUGCUCAAACUUGGAUGUGAAGGCCUCACACAGAUUCCCAUUCAGCAGGUACGGAGCAGGUUCUCGAAUCUGCCUUCUAACAGCCACCCUGUUGAUUUUGAUACUCAUGGUUUGUGGCCACACUUGGAGAAAUGCUGCUUUCAAGAUAGUUUGAAGUGUAACCAAUAUGGCAUUGUGCUUUGCACAAGUCUAACAUUCUUAAUAUGGGUGUGUUUUUCCUAGAAGCAACUGUAAGUUACUAAAGCACAUAAUUUUAAACUUUGGACAUUUUGAAUGGAAUCCUAUUAUAAUAAAUUUGACCAAAUAUCAACAUUACUGUUUAUACUUCCUCAAAAUGAAGCCCUAUUGUUACACAAUAGAGAGAGACACAGUACUCUCUUUGUGUACAGAAAGCCUACCCAGGUUAGGAAAAAAAUGAGCAGAGGGAAUUUUGAAAAAGCUCAUUCUUACAGUACUAAAUAGUGAUGCCUAAAGAUGUUUUCCUACCAAACCUGCAGCUGUGUUUUCAAUGACAGAGAAAUGAGUAAUGUUGGGUCGUUGACUUGAUGGAUAAUUUUGUUGUGAGAAAAUAAAGGCACUUUGUGAACCAUAA